AUGGCUGUCACACUCGCGCUUAUACAAUACCUACCUCAGAUCUGGAUGACGUGGUGUCUUGGUCAUGUCGGGAGCUUGAGUAUCCCGAUGAUGUUGAUACAAACGCCCGGGAGCUUUGUAUUGUCGGCAAGUCUAGCGGCAAGACUCGGACUUGGGGGUUGGAGUAAUUGGGGUGUGUUUUUGGUUACUGGCUGUUUGCAGGGUUGUCUGCUUGUCAUGGGGAUCUGCUUUGAGGUUAAGGCUAGAAGAGAGACGGCUCUUGAUGAGGGAGAAGGGACUGAUUCUCGGGGUAUCUUCGGAUAUUUUCAAGACCGACGCGAGGUGGUCCAGACGGAUAACGAAACAAGUGCCGUGGUUGAAGACGAAUCGAGCGAAAGGACACCUCUUAUCAACGGCUCGCGGAAGCCUAUAUAG